GUCGGGUCAUAGUGACCAUCUGGGUUAUUGUGUCCCCAAACAACGACAAACAGAAAUACACCCUCAAGACGCCCCACGACGCUUUGCCGGAGCAAGUGAUCGCCGAGGCCAUCCGGAAAAAAACCCGGAGCAUGCACCUCUCGCCCGAGCAGCUCCGCCUCUGCGUGCAGGAGUACCAGGGCAAGUACCUGCUCAAGGUGUGUGGCUGCGACGAGUACUUGCUGGAGAAGUACCCGCUCAGUCAGUACAAGUACAUGAGGAACUGCAUCGCCAUCGGCCGCCUGCCCCACCUCAUGCUGAUGAGCAAGGAGAGCCUCUACAGCCAGCUGCCAGCCAACGUCUUCGUGUUGCCAUCGUACGCGCGCCGGUCGGCCACCUCCUCGCACGUCAACGGAGACGUGCCCACCAAGUCCCUCUGGUCCAUCAACAGCCUCCUGCGCAUCAAGAUCCUAUGCGCCACCUACGUCAACGUGAACAUCAGGGACAUCGAUAAGAUUUAUGUCCGGACGGGAAUUUUCCACGGUGGGGAACCCCUUUGUGAUAACGUCAACACUCAGCGGGUGCCGUGCUCCAACCCUCG